GAUACUUAACGACUCCUAACAGUAAGAAGAGUAAAGGGAACCAUACAUUGUGUUAUUGCAAGAUAAGGAACCUUGUUUCAAAUGGAUGACUAUGGAUAUUAUGAACUAAAUUAUUCAACGGGUGUACAAGAAUCGCACACUGUGCGGUCUUCUACUUCAAAUAGGAGUAGAAAUCGUACACGUCGUACACCGACCAGAGUACCGACAUCAGCUGUUCCUCGUGUAGGAUUUCAAAUGCAUAGUGGAGGGACUUCGCACAGGGCAGGUUCGGUACCACCUAACAUGAGAAUGUCGGGAAUGAACAACCAGUUUGCAAAAAGCACAAGACAAACAAACGCAAAUCCUUUCAGAGCAACUCACCAUUAUCCGGGCAUGCAGACUGCAGGCAAUUCGCGACCAAAUACAUCGGAUUUGAGUGGCAAAUUUGCAAAGAGUGUCAGCAUGGGACCAAGGACAAACCACCCCAGAUCAAGAACAUCUUCGGUUCCCAGACAUCCACAAACACAGACGGCAUUCCGCAAUCAAAAUCAAAAAUCAAGUACAAAUCGAGAUGGAAACGCCAGACCUCGUUUUAUUGGUUAUAAAAAGUUGGAGAGAAUGCUCGAAACUUUUGAACCGCGGGAGAUAGUUCUCUCUCUUGCCUUGGAUUCUUCCGAAUUAGAAGAAUUACUCUCAAGUCAAAUGGGGAAUGGAAUGAUUCAAAUGAUAUUAAAGGUUUGUGGGAAAAUGUCGGAAACGGAUGAUCUUAGGGAGCACGUAACAAAAAUAUUGAAUUUGUUGGCGAAACAUCAAUUUUUGACAAAAGCAUACACGUUUAUUCACGGAUUUCUCAAAGAAAGCAGCAGAGGUGAAGAUAACAGAAUGAUACAUUUGCAAAAUUGUCUGCGUUUGAUGGCAAAUUUUUUGACUGUUUUACCAGCAUCUACAGAGGAUGAGGUCGGAUUAGCUCUCACAAUUCUUGACAUAGUUAUAGACAGAUUGGGUUUGGCAGUUAUUAAAGAAGAUGAAUAUUAUAAGGAAGUAAAAACUCUUCUCAAGAAUAUACAAGAAAAAGAAACUAUCAAAGUAGAAAGAUCUACACGGAAACGAGAAAUGCAAUUGGACAAUGCUCAUUUGUUGGCCCCGCCAGACGAUUUUCGGCAUAUCCCUGUGAUACCGAGACCGGAAGAUUUGCGAGAAGAUGCAGAACCUUUCGUCCGAUGUAAUUUGAUUGGUGGAGCUUAUCAAGACAUGGAUCACUAUUUGGAUGUUCAAUACAGACUUCUGCGAGAAGAUUACAUUAGACCACUUCGAGAAGGAAUCGCACUGAUAUCGGAAAAUCCAGCCGGUACAGGUAGAGGUGGUAGUAAUCGUAACGUUAAAGUAUACACCGACGUUAAAAUUGAAUUUGUGAAACCUUCAAGAAAAGGAGUUCUUCAUCGUCUCCACUUCAGUACAGAAUCACUACAGAAAAUAAGAUGGAGAAACACAAAAAGGUUACUUCAGGGAAAUUUACUGUGUCUUUCAUACGAUAAUUUCAAGGAUCACAUAUUAUUUGCCGUUGUGGCUGAUAGAAAUCCAGAAGAUCUUGAACAAGGAUAUAUAUGGGUUGAAUUUGUUCGAGAAGAUAAAAAACAGGAUGAAGCAUCUCAACUAGAUCAUGGCUUGGAAAUGGAAUCAGAGAUCGGAUCUCGCAUUGAUUUUCAUCUGCAUCAUACAAUGGUCGAGUCCGAAGCUUAUUUUGAGGCAUAUAAGCAUGUUCUUGAAGCUUUAAAAGAAAUGCGUCGCAUUCCACUGGAGAGAUACAUAGUCAAGUGCUCAAGCGAUGUACACGCUCCAGAAUAUUUAAGACCAUCAGUAGCUGGAAAAAACGUUUCAUAUGAAAUACAAGUGACAGCUGGUACAGCUAGUGUAAGAGUUUUGGACGAGAAAUGGCCAACACCUGAACAAUUGUCACUUGACGGAACACAAAAGGAGGCAUUAAAACUCGCUCUGACAAAAGAACUCGCAAUUAUUCAAGGACCUCCGGGUACAGGAAAAACCCACGUUGGUCUGGAAAUUAUGAAAGUCCUGUUGACAAACAAAUCAAAAUGGUGUCACGGUCGUUCUAUGUUGAGAAAACCAAAAGAGUCAAAAAUAAACUCACCAAUAUUAGUUGUCUGCUACACAAACCAUGCGCUUGAUCAAUUUGUGGAAGGAAUUGCUAAGUUCUGUGGUGGAACGAAGAAUAUCAUUCGCGUUGGAGGAAGAUGUGCAAACGAAGCUAUAAAGCAAUUCUCCCUAAGAAGUGCAAGAGAUAGAAAAAAGGCAAAAGGGAGGAAGGGGAUGGUAGGCGCUGCCAUAGGAAAAGUAUUCAGACAAAUGAAAGAGUUUGAAGAAAAAUUUCAGGACAAUAUCAACCGACUCGAAUACUCACUUCGCGUUGUUCUUAAUCUCGACUCGUUGAAACAAGUUGACGACAAUAGACAUCUCAGACAGUUGCAACCAAAUUCAUACGAAGGACUCCUACACUGGCUAGGAGUAGACAUUGCACCACCCGAAAAGCAAAAUUCUGGAAAUAGAGCUAGAACUACAGGGGAAGAGAAUUUUGAAAUGAUGGAGGAAGCUGACGUAGAAGAGGAAGCAGAUUACGAGCUUGAUCGACGAAUAUUAGAAGAAGAUGACAUGGAUGAUUAUAUGGAAACAAAGAGAAAGAAACAACAGAAAAAUGCAUAUGCAAGUAUGGAUUCUGCAAAGUUCGAAUCUCUCAAAGCAUUCAUUCCCACAGUUGAUGAAAAUGGAUUUCAGCUUCCUAGCGAAGUUGUGAAGAAAGCAGUUAAAAACUUGAAGGAAGCGCAAUCGAAAACAUCGAUUAUGUCUGAUGCGGAGGUUUUUUCCGUCAGAGAUAUUUAUCAAUUAAAACUGCACGAUAAGUGGAGAUUAUACAGAACCUGGGCAAGUCGUUGGCGUGACAACUAUAGAAAAGAUUCACACAAUGGCUUGGAGGAAUAUGCAAAAUUGUUGCGAGAAUUAAAAGAUCUGAGAGAUCUUGAAGAUGGAGACAUUUUGAAUGAAGCUGAUGUCAUCGCCAUCACAACAACAGGAGCAGCAAAAUAUCGCAAUAUGAUUCAGAAACUCGACUGCAAGAUUGUGGUGAUCGAAGAAGCGGCAGAAGUUUUGGAAGCGCAUAUAGUAACGACAAUGCCAAAAGCCACUAAUCAUUUGAUUCUCAUUGGUGAUCAUCAACAAUUGAGACCGUCGCCAACUGUUUACGAACUUGCCAAAAAAUACAGUCUCGAUACUUCACUUUUUGAAAGAUUGGUGAAAACAAAUAUUCCGUUUGUCACGUUAUCCUUGCAGCAUCGUAUGCGUCCUUCUAUUGCUGACCUUAUUCGGCCGGAGAUUUAUAAAUCACUCAGCGACCAUGAAAGCGUUUUCGGACGUGCCCAGAUAGACGGAGUGGAAAAAUCACUUUAUUUCAUUUCCCACCAGGUACCCGAAGAAAGCGUUCAAGAUGGUAAAAGCAAGAAAAAUCUACACGAAGCGAAGUUUUUGUCAAAACUUUGUGAAUAUCUUUUGCUACAAGGAUACAAACCAGAGCAGAUUACAAUUUUAACGAUGUACACUGGUCAGCUUUUUGCGUUUCGCAACUUCAUGUCUUCAAAAAGUCGCGGAGUACGAGUAACUGCUGUGGAUAAUUUUCAAGGAGAAGAAAAUGACAUCAUUUUGCUGUCUUUAGUACGGAGCAACUUUGAGGGCAAAAUUGGAUUUCUCAGCAUUGAUAAUAGAAUAUGUGUUGCUUUAUCUCGAGCAAGAAAUGCAUUGUAUUGCAUAGGAAAUAUGACGUUAUUAAAAGCCAAGAGUGGAAUGUGGAAUAAUAUAGUGACUAAGCUAAUGAAAAAUAACAAUGUUGGUGAAAGCUUGAGACUGCAGUGUCAAAAUCAUCCUGAUCGAUAUACAGUAGUUCGUGCCGCAGAAGAUUUCCUGCAGGUUGCUGAAGGUGGAUGCACACUCUCUUGUACAUACCAACUUCCAUGUGGUCAUGUGUGUCCAAGACGAUGUCAUCCAGGUGAUCAUUCCGAUGCCAAAUGCAUGAAAAAGUGUACAAAAACAGUUUGUGAUCUGGGUCACAAGUGCAAGAAGAAAUGCUUUCAAGAUUGUGGAAAAUGCAUGGAAUUAAUUUUGAAGGAUUUACCGUGUGGACAUCAAACAAAGGCUCAAUGUUAUUUGCCUGCUGAGAGGGUAGUGUGCAGAGUAAAGAUAACGGAAAAACUUUCAUGUGGACAUGAAAUCACAGUGGAUUGUCAUUUUGCUGGAACCAAGAGUGUGGCUGAUUGCAAUGAAAAAUGUUCCACGUUUUUACCUUGCGGCCAUUUUUGUGGUGGCACUUGUUCCAAAUGCUUUCAGGGUCGACUUCAUAUUCCAUGUCAACAAAAAUGUAGUAAAAUGCUUUGGUGCGAACAUAAAUGUACUUCCUUAUGUUCACCCUCUUGUCUACCUUGUAUAUUCCCAUGCACUAAUUAUUGUGAUCAUGCGGCAUGCAAAUUGUCGUGCAGUCAGCCAUGUAUUCCAUGUCAAGAACCGUGCACCUGGGAAUGCCAGCAUUACAAAUGCCGACAUUUGUGCGGCGAACUAUGCGAUCGACCACGAUGCAAUAUGCCUUGUGAAAAGAAACUUAAAUGUGGCCAUGAUUGCAUUGGAAUAUGUGGAGAGAAAUGCAUUGACGUAUGCAAGUUUUGUAAUGUAAAGAAAUACAAAAAUCUUCUAACAGCGUCAGAUGGGGACGUUGAACCAAGAUUCGUGAAACUUGCUGGAUGUGGCCACAUUUUUAACGUUCAUUAUCUUGACAAUUUGAUGGAUUCGUUAGACGAAGCAAUCCCGAUAAAACAUAAAAAAUGUCCAAAAUGCUCUAAAGCAAUUCUUUGGAACCAAAGAUAUGGGAACGUUAUCAAGAGGAAGUUAAGAGACAUUAACGCAGUGAAAGCUAAAAUCAAAGAAUCUGGUGCUGUUGAUCCAAGCAAGUUGCAUUUAUUGAAAGUUAAUUCUGUACAACAGUCCACGAAAAUUACUUCAGCAUUUCCGUUUCUUGGUCAAGCAUUGGCGAAAUCUAUAAAGAAUAGUUUGGAUCAUCCGAUAAACAACAUCUUGUUGAUACUUGAAAGGAAAUUAAACAAUCUCGAAAUUUUAUCGAUUUUAAAAACAUUUUUGACUAAAGAAGUGAAAGGGACGGAAAAUACAAGUAAACAAAUGAAAGACAUCGAGCAAGACAUCAAGAAUAUAGCAAACUGGAUUAUAUUGCCUCGCUCAACUUGGUCAAGUCACGAAUCAGAAAAUCUUGACGCCGAGUUGAAAAGGAUUGAAUUGAGUGUUCGUUUCCUGAAAAUAUACGGUGAAACCAAGGGCGAAGUUUUGAGUGACAAACCGUCACUAGCUAGUGUUUUGAGACGAGCUAAAUCACAAUUGUUCGAUAUCGCCGAAAGCAUGACUAAAGCAAGACGGGAUGCAAUCGAUGGUCUCAUCCACAAAAUGAACAUAUAUUUGAAGAUAUCUGAUGAUUCCCUGUCAGAUAUUUCACGUCUGAAUGAAGAUUCAAUGUUUGAAGCUACAGAACAGAAUGUUCAUAAUGAAUGGUUUCGAACAUUAGACGGAGAUGUCGGUUUCUCGUUACUAUAGUAAUUUACAAAUCCAUAACAUACUGACCAGCCCUAGAGAAAGAAAACUGUGUCUAAAUCAUAACAAAAACUACCCGAAUGAUUUUGAUUGUUGUCAGUAAUAAUCACUUAAGGCAGAAUUUUCAAUAUAUUUUUAAAGUUAUUUUGAACUGCAUAUUUAACGGUAUUUCAAUAAAUCUAUGUAUUUAUAUAUAUAAAUAUGCAUGCAAAUAUUAGUGCCGAUUUUAAAAGGUAAAAUUUGUCUCAGUCGGUGAAAGUAUACAACUGCGAUGUGUAAUUAUUUUAACCUAUCGAUAUCAUGACGCAUAUCGCAUUGUAAUUGAUGUUGCGGUUAAUUGCUUAAAUGUGGUAAAAACUUCAUAAAAAUAAAGUUGAUUUUUAGCGUAUUUACGACAUUUUUAUUCAAAAAAAAUGGUAUUGCUACAUGGCGAUUUUCAUGUGAAAAUGGUAUCGGUAAUCAAUCAAUCAGAUGUAUAAAUUUUAAAAAUCAAUUAAUAUUUAUUAUUCAAUAUCAUGAUUAAAUUCAUUUACAUUUAUUCGUUCACCAGAUAUCACUAAAAUUUAACACCAUAGGCGCAGUCACCCAACAUCCCCGAAUCCCAACUUUUCAGCAUGUUUUUAACGCAAUUUUCCAACACCAUUUUGCUAUAUUCUUGAACUAUUUACCGAAAACUGAAAGUUUCUUGGAUUUCUAUCAAAAAUUCCUUCACCAAAUGAACCAAACGUCACGGAUGGAAAUGUGCGCAUACAUAUCUUGGAUAACUUCGAUAUCGAAGUACAUCUGUGAAACGAUUCUUUAAGUUAUUGUUAAAUAUCAGUGGCUACUUUAAUCUGGCUUUGUUUAGAGCAAAAGACACGAGUGAGCGUCGUUUUACGUUAUUAUACAUAAAAAACAGCUUGGCUGGCUUCGCACUCAUUCAACACUGUAAUUAUUGAAAUAAAACUAAACACCAUAGAAAUUCGCUUGAUCAAUUUUGAGGUAGGAGUGAAAAAUGUACCCAUGUUAAAUAUUGUGUUAGUGGCAUCGUAGAGAUUUAGGUAUCACUGUAUUUAAGUGUGAUUUCGUUUAUCCUUCUUAUACAUGUAACUUCUUCUGCUUUCUUCAAUAAAUUCAAUCAAACUAA